AUCGCUCCAGCUCUCCAUAUACAGCCAAAUUCUCUACGCGCCAAAUUAGCUGCGUAAUACCUAGUACCAAUUCAAAAACGACGGCGUUCCCUUCCAGCUGCUCCCACCUCCGUAGUCACCGCACCUUUCACGCUUUUGCAUGUGCCCCCUUCACCGGCUUGGAACUCUCACUCUCAUAAAGUCAUAACCACAUCGGUGUUAAAUAUAUCACUGAAUCGUUUGUUCGUAGUUUCCUGUAAUUGAUGAAAAUAAAGAGAGAAAAAGUUCGAAAUUAAUGAUGACCAUUUCUCAACUACAAUUGCGGCUGUGAACCAUAGUAAAGGAAAUUCCGUCAAUCUAAAACGGUAACAGAAUUAAGGGGAUGAGGGGAGAAAAUCUAGCAAGAUUAAGAGGGUUAAACACCCUUGGACUAAUCUUUUACCAACAGUACCAAGCUGGUUCACCGACUCCAACACUCCACGUGCCACUCCUCUACUAGGCUCACGCUCUGUCGGUUCUUCCUAAAGCUCCGGUACUCCCACCGCACACGUGGCCGCCCCUCCUCAGUCCUUCACAGCCUUCAACAAAACCCCUCCCCUCUGCUCUCCGCUCCCAAUAAAACAAACCACCACCCACUUCCUCUCCCAUCACCAACCCCACCAUUUUCUCCGGCUAUUCAUCUCGCCGGAAUGCUACUCGUCCCGGAAAAGCCGCCGCUGCCGGAGCUCCAACAGAAGCGGCCCAAAAGCCCAGACCCGCUGAACUUACUCAGCUCUUUGAAGCAGCUCAUCCACCACCCAAGGACAUGGCUACUCAUGGCCAUACUCUCCCUCCAAGUCAUACUCCUCUUCACUCUCGGCACCCGCCCCUUCUCCCGCCAAGACCUCCCCCCGCCGUACGGCCCCGUUUCCGGGUCGGUCCUCCAACCCGAACAAGAAGACGAGCUCUGCUCGGGUCGGGUCUUCGUCUACGACCUCCCCAAAGGCCUCAACCAAGAGAUUCUCCAUAACUGCGACAACCUCAACCCCUGGAGCUCCCGCUGCGACGCUCUGGCCAACGACGGCUUCGGCCAGCCGGCCACCGGGAUCGCCGGUGUCGUGCCGGAGAGUCUAGCUCCGGCGUGGUACUGGACGGACCAGUUUGUCUCGGAGGUGAUCUUCCACAACCGGAUCAUGCACCACAAGUGCCGUGUCAUGUCGCCGGAGAACGCCACCGCGUUUUACAUCCCGUUCUACGUCGGACUCGCCGUCGGGAAGUACCUAUGGUCCAACACCUCCACCGCGCAGGACCGCGAUCGCCACUGCGAGAUGAUGCUGAACUGGAUUAGAGAGCAACCAUACUACAAGAGAUCCGACGGCUGGGAUCACUUCAUCACCAUGGGCCGGAUCACCUGGGACUUCCGCCGCUCUAAAGACCCGGACUGGGGCUCGAGCUGCAUAUACAAACCCGGAAUGCGCAACAUCACGCGCCUCCUCAUCGAGCGCAACCCCUGGGACUAUUUCGACGUCGGUGUUCCCUACCCUACUGGAUUCCACCCCAGAACCGACGCUGACGUCACCGAGUGGCAGAGCUUCGUCAGGGGCCGUAACCGCUCCAAGCUGUUCUGUUUUGCAGGGGCGAAACGCAGCCUUAUCAGGAACGAUUUCCGGGGGCUGUUGCUGAGUCACUGCCAGAGCGAGUCGGACUCGUGCCGGGUCGUGGACUGCAGCGGGUCGAAAUGCUCCAACGGCACGUCGGCGAUUCUCGAAACCUUUCUCGACUCGGACUUCUGCCUCCAGCCGAGAGGGGACAGCUUCACCCGGAGGUCGAUUUUCGACUGCAUGGUGGCCGGUUCGAUCCCGGUUUUUUUCUGGAAGCGGACCGCUUAUUUCCAGUACGAGUGGUUUUUACCGGGCGAGCCGGAUAGUUACUCGGUUUUUAUCGAUCGGAACUCGGUGAAAAACGGAACCGCCUCGAUUAAAAACGUGCUCGCCGGUUACAGUAGGGAAGAGGUGAGGAAAAUGAGGGAGAAAGUCAUCGAUUACAUCCCGAAUUUUCUGUAUGCAAAACCCCAGGAGGGGUUGGAGACGGUAAAAGACGCUUUUGACAUUGCCCUUGAGAGGGUGUUGAGGAGGUUCAAGGAGCAAGGAGAGUGGGGGUUCAAGUGGAAAUGAGGGUAAAUAGGGGAAGUAAAUUAUUUUAUUUAAUUUUUUUUUGUUACUCUGUGGCAUAUAAAGUGAGGGUUAUAUAGAUGAGGGUUCCUAUACUGCAGGGGAAAAGCUGAUAUGGGCAGAUGGGAAAAGCUGUUAGCAGUUAUGGUAGUUACUAUAGCUUAUUUGGUAAAGAGGAAAUAUAGAGAUAAAUAUGGAACUAUAAUUCUAGUUGCUGGGAAAUUAGUGUAGUUCUGAAGAUGAUCCCCAUGAUUCAAGUGCCACCCAUUGGUGUGGUCCUUAAAAUGUUGGGUUAGAAUUGGUAGGUCAUGGCCUAUGUGAUAUGGUCUCGUGUCUUUUCUUCUUUGUAUGUAACAUGUAUAGCAUGCAUUAUAGAAAAUGAAUAAUGAAGAUGAUAGAGGUUUUCACAAUAAGCUGAAAUAAAGAUUUUUGGGUGAUGAUUACAUGAGUAGUUCAAUAAUGUUCCGGAGUAUUGAAAACUGUGAAACUGAGUAGUGGUGGAAUUGCAAAGUAUGAAGAUUCUGGAGAGAUAUGAAGUGUUUGGUGUUGCUAUCUGCCGGCCACCAAUUAUAGAAGGAGUGGGAUCGGUUUGUUGAUAUGUAUUCAUAAUAUGAUUGAAUUGCAAGAAUAUAAAUGUGUAAUAGAAUAGCUAAAGGAAACAAUGUAAUGAAUUGCUAAUAAAUAGAGUAGCUUGAUAGUGAA